CAGUGACCCGCCAGGAAAACAGAUGAAGCGCAUCUGGACAGCUGUGCUGAGAAAGUUUGUGGGCCCCUUCCCGGCCUGCCAUCCGCAAGGCACGUCUCCCACGUCGCCUCCUGCUAGCCACUUACUACUUAUUUAUUUUUCCCCAAGAAGCAAUCAGCAAUCCAAACUCGAACCUUUUUCUUCCCGCUACCCAGCCCACCCCCCCAUGCGAGGCGAGGCCACAUCACAUUCAACACAGUUUAAUUUUCAUGAGGCUCUGAGAUCAAAAAGAGCAGAAACAGCAACAAAAACCCAACCGCCGUCUGAUCCGAACUGGCAAAGUGGGAGAAGUGGGGUGCUGAGUGUACAAACCAAGCUGGGUAAGUUCUGAAGACGCGGGACAUCACCUUGGUCGUGCUGAGAUCUCUCGCCUGCCUGUGCCUUUGCCUUUCUUGCCAGACUUCUUUUGGUCAUGGGGAGUUUUAAAGGUCAUGCCCUCCCUGGAACCUUCUUCAUUAUCAUGGGCUUUUGGUGGGGUACAAAGAGUAUUCUGAAAUAUGUCUACAAAAAGCAAACUCGGACCUGCUACCUUAGUUCCAAAACAUUAUUACGUCGAGCAGAGAUUUGGGAAGGAGCUGUUAUAAUCUUCAUGGCUCUUACUGGUAUGGUCGGGGAACAGUUUAUCUCAGGCGGACCCUCCCUGACCCUGUAUAAAGACGGCCAGUGGAACCAGCUUCUUGGCUGGCAUCAUACAACCAUGUACUUCUUCUUUGGGCUACAGGGUGUAAUCCAUAUCUUAUGUUUCACUACCAAUUUCCUUCCGCUUUCCUUAAGCAAGUUAAUGUUAUCAAAUGCCAUCUUUGUGGAGUCAUUUAUCUUCUACAACCACACUCAUGGUCGGGAAAUGUUGGAUGUUUUUGUGCACCAGCUUCUGGUCUUUGCCACCAUUUUGACGGGUCUGGUUACCUUCAUGGAAUUCCUCACAAAGAACAAUGUACUUCUGGAGCUCCUUCGGUCAAGUUUCAUCAUCCUACAAGGGACCUGGUUCUGGCAGAUUGCUUUUGUCCUGUAUCCCCUCAGUGGAAGUCCUCCAUGGAAUCUGACAGAUACUGAGAAUAAAAUGUUUCUCACCAUGUGCUUUUCUUGGCAUUAUGCAUCAACCUUUAUCAUCUUCGGAUUAAAUUAUGCUUUUAUCACCUGGCUGACAUCUGGGCCUCAUCUUCUUAGGGGCUGGGGAGUCUUCAGGAACAGUACCAGGACGCAAGGAAAAACUCUACUUCGUGUCCGCUCCCCUCCAGAGCCAGCAGCAGAUGACUACUGUCUCUUCAUGUUUCAAAAGCCUUCAGAUGCCUAAUACAUGGCUUGUCCACUAACAGGUCCCCAGAAAACAGAAACUCCAGUUUUAUUUUCCAACCUCUCCCAAUCCCCACCACAUGUUGUUCUAAUCUCUUUGACCAGACAGUUCCCUUUACCUGGUAUAGUCACACUAAAUGCCCAUCUCUUCUUUGACACCUUCUGUAAUUCCUCUGGCCCAUGUUGAUCUGUUUCCUGAGCUUCAGUAGUAUUUUGACUUUGAAUAUUGUUACAUAUAAAUUGUGACAUUGACUACUUGCCCCCAUUAGUCUUUCCUGACAGCUAGACUAUAUCUGCACGUGAAAACAAUCAUUUUCAUAUCCCCAUACUGAUUGGUACAUUACCAGACAUAUAGUAAGUGCUCAGUUAACAUUUGUUAGCUGUUUACUAGAUUUCUACUUCAAAGGUACUUAAAUACAACCUUCAUUUGUUUGGAAA